AUGGAGCUGACCCCAGUAAAGGAAACAAGGAAGAAGUGGCUUGAGUAUGAACCUGGGAGUCUCCCACAAACCCAGUUCCCUCGGAAAUCAACGAAGGGAGGACCAACGGCUGCUGAAGCUGAUUGCACGCCGCGACGACAGUCAUCUGCACUUGACUCCCAAACCGAAGAAGCAACCCACCGACAAAAUCACCCCAAAGCAAAGGAAAACGCCAGAAAGACCACCCCUCAAACCAUGUGCGAGCACGCCCGUCUAGAUAGUGCAAACCCAAAUCAACCUUCUGAUCUUCCGGAACUGAGUAAAGCAGGAAGAGUUCGGUACAUUUGCUCACCCACACAUGAGGAUCCAAGCCAGAGAAAUAGGGCAACUCGAGACGAUGAUAGGGAUCCACAAUUGACGGCCGACGCGGUUGAUGUCGGAAGUGCUGAUGAUCAGGGCGAUGGACGUAAUUGGGACGCAGUGGUGAGUGAAUCGGCGGUGCCUCCUGAUAAUCCGCCAUCGAUCCAAUUUGCUCGGAGACGACGAAGAAAGGCCGUCGUGGUGGUGGACGGUUGA